AUGUCAUUGAAGGCCAUUUCAGCUAAAGAUGCCGCUUCCCUGGACAAGGAUCUUAUGGAUAUGGGCGGCUGGUCCUUGGACCAGUUGAUGGAGCUUGCGGGCCUGUCUGUGUCGCAAGCCGUAUGGAAAGUCCAUCCGCCGAGCAAGGGCAAGAACAUCCUCGUCGUGUGUGGACCAGGCAACAACGGCGGAGACGGCCUCGUAGCAGCACGCCACCUAGCGCAGUACGGCUACACACCAAGUGUGUACUAUCCCAAAGAAGGCAAAAACGAGCUGUACCAGCGCCUGAAAACACAACUGCACAAUCUCUCCGUUCCGUUCACCACCGACUUCGCCAGCGCGCUCAGCUCCACGACCUUCCUCGUCGACGCCAUCUUCGGCUUCUCCUUCGGCGGGCCCCUCCGUGCUCCCUUCGGGGAGAUCGUCUCGCAGAUCGAGGCCUCGUCCGUCCCUGUGUUGAGCGUUGACGCGCCCAGCUCGUGGGAUAUACAGAGCGGACCGCCGAAGGAGGGACCGGGGGCUAAGUUCGUGCCGCAGGCGCUGAUUAGUUUGACCGCGCCGAAGCCGUGUGUUAAGUACUACCGUGGACGGCAUUUUAUUGGGGGGAGGUUCUUGACGAAGUCUAUCGCGGACAAAUAUGGGCUGGAUUGUCCGCAAUAUCCCGGGAUUGAGCAGGUGUUGGAGAUUGGGGUUGAUGCGGAGGGGAGACUGUAA